CUCUCCGGCUCCAGCCGCAUUCCUGCCCAGCCGCCUCCACCGCAGGCGGGAAUGCGGCUGGACAAAGGGCACUGUGUGCCCAGCCCCCCUGCUGCGUGCUUCCCCCUCCUCGCCCAUCGCCAAACUAAAUGCCCCCUUUCAGUCCGGGGCACCCAGCACCCCCUGGCCCCCACCGCCCCAGCUGCCCGGCGCCCAUUGGCCCAAGGGUGGGGCGCCGCUGCCAUCAUUCGGCGCUGCUUGCUCUUAAACCUCGGCCCCCGUCCCGCCAGCACCCUUCGGAACGCUGCCGGGCCCCGCGCACCACCAGCCCUCCAUGUGGCACAGAGCCGGCCGGUGACAGGCAGCCACCAUGUCGCAGGGUGCCAGGGGCAGUGGCAGCCUCCUCUUCCUCGCCGGACUCCUCUCGGUGCUGGGGCCGCGCCCGACGUCUUCCAUCCACGUGUACACGCAGCGGAAGGUGUAUGGCACCGUUGGCUCCCACGUCACCCUCUCCUGCAGCUUCUGGUCCAGUGAGUGGAUCUCCGAGGACAUCUCCAUCACGUGGCACUUCCAAGCUGAGGGAUCCCGUGACAGCACCUCCAUAUUCCACUAUGCUAAGGGCCAGCCCUACAUCGAUGACGUGGGCAGCUUCAAGGAACGGAUGGAGUGGGUGGGCAACCCCCACCGCAAGGAUGGCUCCAUCAUCAUCCACAACCUGGACUACACCGACAAUGGCACCUUCACCUGUGACGUCAAGAACCCCCCUGACAUUGUGGGCAAGCCCUCCCAGGUCACGCUCUAUGUCUUCGAGAAAGUGCCCACCCGCUAUGGCGUCGUACUGGGCUCCAUCAUCGGCGGGGCUCUGCUGCUGGUGGCUGUGGUGGUGGCCCUCAUCUAUCUCAUCCGCUACUGCUGGCUGCGGCGGCAGGCAGCCCUGCAGCGACGGCUGAGUGCCAUGGAGAAGGGGAAGCUGCAGCGAUCGGCCAAGGACGUGUCCAAGCGCAGCCGACAGGCGCCUGUGCUCUAUGCCAUGCUGGACCACAGCCGUGGCACCAAGGUGGCAAGUGAGAAGAAAGCCAAGGGAGCCCCGGGAGACUCCCGCAAGGAUAAGAAAUAGCGGUUAGCGGGCAGGGAAGGUACCGCGGGGGCGGACGCCGGGGCCGCCCGGCCCCCCAAAGUCGUCAUGACCAUCGAGAUGGAGCUGCGGGGGGAGGCCGCCGAGGCCACCCGCCCCCCGCCUGCCGUCCGCUCCCCCAGCAAGGGCAGCCUCAAGAGCGCCCUGAUGAACAUCAUCAAGCCGAACUCGGGGAUCUGAUGCCUGGCCACCGGCAAGGGGGAGUGGGCCAGGACACGCCGCCCCCCCCAGCUCCGGGAAGCAGGUGCCCUCGGGCAUGGGACCUGGCGAGGAGCAGGGUGUGGUCCUCGCCCCAGGUCCCCCAGCCUCGGGGACACCCCGGCUCCCCCCAUGCCAAAGCCCCUCGGUCAGUACCUUCCUCUGCGCAACCGCUGCCCUGCCCAGCCCUGGGCACUGAUGUAAUUUUUCUAUUUGAAGAUGCAACCACUGAAUUUUGAGUCUGUACUCCCCACUGGGGCUGCCUCGGUCCCCCCCCUCCCCAGGGACCUGUGGGGUCCCCGUGGGACCGUGCCAUCCUCACCCCUCCUUGUGUUCUCCCCAAAACCAGUCUCUGGGAGGGUUUAUCUGCCCCCAUCAUUGCCCCUUUUCUGGCCGUUUUCUCGUCUCUCCCCGCGACUGAGACCAAAUGACGUUGCAGGUGCCUCCGCCCCGCCCCCUCCAUCCCACUCCCGUCCCCCAUUAAUCCUCCUGCCCCAUAACCCCUGGCCCCCCUGUGCCGGCUGGAGCCUCGUGGAGGAGGGAGAGACUGUGGCCGGGCUGGAGGAGCUGCCGGUGCCCAUCACCCCAGAGCCAGGCGCCACUCCUUGACCUGUUUUUCUACACCCUGUCCAUGUCCCCCCAUCCUCAUGGCGCCAUUAAUAAAACUCACAUCUCCAGGA